AUGCGAUGGCUUCCUUUGGAGUCCAACCCUGAAGUGAUGAAUGAAUGGUCAUCAGCCCUUGGGUUGUCGAUCGACUCAGUCUCUUUCACAGAUAUCUAUGGGCUAGACGAAGAACUUCUGGGCAUGAUUCCUACCCCUGUUUAUGCGGUGUUGAUGCUAUUCCCGAUAACUGAGAAAUACGAGACUUUUCGCGCGGAGGAGAACGCGCGCGUUUCGAAGGAGCGAGCUGAAAGUGAUGCAGAUGAGCUUAAGAAAUUGGAUGAGACCAUUGGCAACGCUUGUGGCACUAUGGGACUUCUGCACGCCCUAGCUAACAAUCCAGAUGUUCCCAUUGCCCCAGGUCCACUCAAGUCACUCAUAAGCCGGCUUCAAGGAAAGUCCCCAUAUGAGCGAGCCAAGAUUAUAGAAGAGGACUCUGAACUUGAAAAAGUUCACGCUAGCACUGCAAGGACCGGGCAAUCAAGACUUCCGGGGGAAGACGAAGAAGUACUCUUACACUUUGUUUGCUUUGUAAAAUCCCCGCAAGGCAAUCGGUUAAUUGAGUUGGACGGAAGGAAAGACUUUGCCAUUGAUCAUGGCCCCUUGGAAGGAGACCUGCUGCAUGCUGUUGUUCCGGUUGUCAAAAAAUUCAUGGCACUGGCCGAUAAUGAUCUUCAAUUUAACUUGAUCGCACUGUGUCCCACUUCCCAAUAG